UGAAACAUUCACUCACACGAGGGAAGUUUGAAGGGAGUUUGAAAUUUGGCGGGAUACCUAAUCUUCUUUCGUGUCAUAGAGCGACAAAUGUCCUUUGCAGCAGCCUAUUGGCGUCACCAAAAAUCCCCUAAAACCGCGAAUAGAGAAACGAGCUACUGGAGAGGUAAACAGAUUCCGCUGUCAUUCAUUCAAGCAACGCGAGCUGAUAUGAUGGAUAUUCUUAGCUCCUCUGUGUGGGAAAUGUUAUGACAGGAUACAUCACCGCUAGUCAUACUCUGUCGGUCUCAGUUUUUCAUAUGCCAGUAAUCCGUUUAGAAGAGAUGUCUUUUUAUAGCUGUCCACGGCUGCUAGACAACUAGCCAAGCUCGUUGCGCCGUAGGAGAGCUGCCGACCUUGACCAGAUGGAUAUCACGAGGCUCGCUGUAGACGCGGGCGCGUUUAUCAACCGAGCAGUUCAGGAGCACGUUUAGAGGACUUGUUGUAUAAGGGUCUGGAUUGGAGCACCCCUGAGAGGCCAACCCCCCACGAGCUGCUGAGUGAAAACAUGAUGGACGCUGCUCUGGAACUGGGGCGACACACACCCUACGGUAGUACUCUGAUUAAGUGUGGGGAGUUGGAGAGGCAGAUCGGGGUGGCAAACAAGAAGCUGAUCCAGAGUACAGACAUCAACUUCCUGUCUCCUCUACGGAGGUUUACUGACCAGGAAUACACAGUCAUACAGAAUGAGCGCAGGCAGCUGGUGAAUAAGCGGUUAGAUCUGGACAUUGCGAAGGCCAGACUGAGAAAGGCACAGGAAGCAGACAGCGAGGCCCGGAUGUGGGCCCAGGAAGUCUCUCAGGCAGAGAUGGAGCUGAGGAUCUCUCAGUGUGUGUUUGACCGACAGUCAGAGAUCACCAGACUACUGCUGGAGGGAAUCAACACUACACAUGCUGCCCAUUUGAGAAGCCUGUCUGACUUUGUAGAAGCCCAGGGUAGCUACUACGCUCAGUGUUACCAGCUCACACAGGACCUACACACCCAACUGGCCUGGUGUGUAUCUCUUGCUCCCCCUCUGAUCUGCUACAAUAACAACUGGCACUCAGAAACUAACCAACCCUCCACAGGUAACCUGCCCUUAACAACCACCCAGCCCUUAGCAACAUGUGAGUCUUCAACAACCAUCCAGGUAACUAGCCAACCUGUAGCAGCCAACCAGGCAACUAGCCAACCCCUAUCAAGCAACCAGGCAAACAGACAACCCUUAGCAACCAACCAGGCAGCCAACGAGUCCUCAAAAACCAAGAAGUCCUUGACAAACAACCAGACAAGCAGCCAAAUCUUAGCAACCACUGGAUCCUCUACAACCAACCAGGCCUCGACAAUCAUCCAGGCAACCAGCCAACCCCUAGAAAUCAACCAGGCAACCAGCCAACCCCUAGAAAUCAACCAGGCAACCAGCCAACCCCUAGAAAUCAACCAGGCAACCAGCCAACCUCUACAAACCAACCAGGCAGCCAGCCAACCUCUACAAACCAACCAGGCAGCCAGCCAAUCCCUAGAAAUCAACCAGGCAACCAGCCAACCUCUACAAACCAACCAGGCAACCAGCCAAUCCCUACAAACCAUCCAGGCAACCAAUGAGUCCCCAACAACCAAUGUGUCCUCAUCAACCAACCAGGCAACAAACCAACCCUUAGCAACUAACCAGCCCUUGACAACCAACCAGGCAACCAGUCAAUCCCUAGCAACCAACCAGGCACCCAACGAGUCCUCAAAAACCAAGAAGUCCUUGACAAACAACCAGACAAGCAGCCAAAUCUUAGCAACCACUGGAUCCUCUACAACCAACCAGGCCUCGACAAUCAUCCAGGCAACCAGCCAACCCCUAGAAAUCAACCAGGCAACCAGCCAACCCCUAGAAAUCAACCAGGCAACCAGCCAACCCCUAGAAAUCAACCAGGCAACCAGCCAACCUCUACAAACCAACCAGGCAGCCAGCCAACCUCUACAAACCAACCAGGCAGCCAGCCAAUCCCUAGAAAUCAACCAGGCAACCAGCCAACCUCUACAAACCAACCAGGCAACCAGCCAAUCCCUACAAACCAUCCAGGCAACCAAUGAGUCCCCAACAACCAAUGUGUCCUCAUCAACCAACCAGGCAACAAACCAACCCUUAGCAACUAACCAGCCCUUGACAACCAACCAGGCAACCAGUCAAUCCCUAGCAACCAACCAGGCACCCAGCCAAUACUUAGCAACCACUGAGUCCUCACGAAUCAACAAGUCCCCGACAAACAACCAAGCAACCAGACAACCCUUGACAAUCAACCAGGCAACUAGCCACCCGUUAGCUACAAAUGAGUCCUCAACCACAUAACUAACCAAGCCAGCAAUGACUUUCCAAUAACCAACGAGUCCACAACAACCAAUCAGGUAACCAACCAAUCUCUAGCAACCUACCAGACAAACAGCCAGCCCUUAGCAACCAAUGAGUCGUCAACAAACAAUGAGAACUCAACCACAAACCCGGUAACCAACCAACCCUUAUAAACCAACCAGGCAACAGACAGCCCUUGAUAAGCCGCCAGGAAACCAUCAAACUCUUCGCAGCCAAUGAUUUCUCAGCAAUCAACGAGUCCUUGACAACCAAGGAGAACGUGACAAACAACCAACUCUCAACAACCAACCAGCCCUUAGAAACCAGCCAGAGAACCAGUCAGCCUGCAGGUGGUCCUGUAGCUGACUGAACAAUCUGACUGUGGAACUGUCUGUAUGAAAAGCGUGCGUUUAUAUUGUGAGUUUGAGUUGUGAACAGCUCCUCUCUGCCAAAACAUCAGCUACCAUGGCUAGGUCCUAAAUGAAGGCUCUGACCUAAAAUAGUGCACUAGGGAAAAUAGGGUGUCACUUCGGAUUGGUCCAAUGUCUCAGUCGUAGUGGUGAAGGGCAACACAGCUAUAGGGGCAGUCUAUAAACCGUAGCAGGCUUGUAUUGACCAUUCACCAGUGUUGUUGUUGGACCCAGCAGGACACACGCGUACGGGCUAAUCCAGGAAGAGUAAGAGGACAUGCUACUAUGGAGUCAUCAGUGGUAGGGAAGUCUUAGAUAUUGAUAUCUACUGUCCUGUCAUAACCUGUAUGUGUCUAUCGGAGCAUCCAUGUACUCUUUAAGGGAGUUACGUAUUGUCGUGGCAGAAUCAGAAUUAUUUAGGUAACAUUUAUAAAUAAAUAAAAAUAUUUAUUUUAUUUCAUGCUUAUGUGAGAUAUGUCAUUAGAAUGUCUAUUUUUGGAUAAUACUGUUUGCAGUUAUCUGUUCUCUGUCAGGGUUCAGUUACUUGGGCCGCAGAGAGGGGAGAGGUCAAGCUUGUCUUCAUAUCUUUUAAACCAUGUGAAGGGAUGAUUGAGGGGGAACCAAUUAUCUCUUGGCUCCACAAUGUCUGUGUGCCAGUCACUGUGUCUCCGUGAGCUUGUCCAGAAUGGGAGUGUCUAAAAUGACAAUUGCUAUAUAUCCUAAUGUCUUGGUACUAUGUUGUACCAAGAACGAGAAGGAGAACCUCGUUUUAGGAGAGCAAACUGAACGAUAAUUUAUAGCUAAUGCUGUCUGGCUAUGGAAUACGCCUCUCAAGUAAAGUCUUCCUUUGUAAUGUUCCUAAGAUCUGUUAUUCGUCAUGUGAGUUGAGAUGGGUGUGUCUUUGCUAUAAAUGAUACUAAGAACUGUUUUGUAAGCACUCUCAGAGAAUUCAUUUACAGACACUGAAUUGAUCUGAGAGUCACAGGGUUGUGAUGGAGCUCAUAUAAUUAAAGAUGGACUUUA